AGCAAUGAUACAUAUACUUUAUUACAAAGAGAUUACUGUCAGACACAACUCAAUUCAUCACAACUUAAUAUGAGUAUACUUGAUGAUAGUGUUGUUCUACUUAACAUGUUGAUAUCAAUCAGUGUUAAAAUUACAUCACUGAUUCAUGAUUCAACGUGGUCAGUUGCUGUUAAUGUAUCAGACAGGUUUGGUUCUGAUACUACAGACUAUACUAACAUUACUGAUAAUUCAGAAGCUAUUCAGGACUGCAAUCCGAUGACCUCUUCAUCAGUAUCACAAGCAUCAUCAUCAAAUAUUUUAUCUAGUGUAAUGACAUAUACUGUUUAUCCAUUUUCCUCUCCCGUUCCUUCUGUUACUCCAAGUGGAGAAAGUGGUAGAAGUAGUUGGACAAGUACUGAUACUACUUUAGUUGUUUUUGGAGGAGUAGCCCUGCUUUGUAUAGCAGUUGUUAUAUAUGCUGUUAUGUAUAAAGCAAAGAAUAAUCGGACAUCCUGUAACAUACAAAAUGUUGUCAACAAAGUAAAGGGUCUUAAACUAAUUGACACUAGCAUGGUGUCUAGAAUAACAAUUGAAAGCUCACCAGUUAGUUCAGCAGACAUUGUUAAUGAAAACUACGGUAAUGUAGAGACUUCUUUUCAGACAGACCAGGAUCCACUGCCUCUUGCUCCCAAUGAAGAACCUGAUGAGGCAACACCAGAUUCAGAAGAUGUGCUUCUCCACCCAUUAUUCUUGAUGAAAGCAUUGAUUGAUUGCAUCAUGAUAGACUCAUUCAUUCGAGACAUUGUAUUUUAAUCAGCAAUAAUGACAGUGAAAAACAGUGAUGAUCAAUCUGUAUUGUAAAAUGUUAU